UCUUAUCUCCUGCGGAGACAGCUAUAAAUACAAGCGUAGGCAGAGAAUCAGACUACUCAAGAGGAACCAACAGCCUGCAGAGCUAGUGGCUUGAGUCUCUUCCACCAUGGCGUUUGCUGCUGUCUUCCUAGCCUUGGCCGUCUUCACAGGCACUCAAGCCUCUUUUAUGAAUGACGAGCCUCAGCCACGUCAACGUCUGGAGCAGAUCCAGGACACCAUCCGGGAGUAUCUCCAGUCAAUUCGAAAUUCAGAACUGGGCAAGGGAAUCAACACCCAUAUCACGGAGGGCAUCAGCAGCGCUCAAAGCUACCAGGCGGAACUGCAGAAGCAACUUCCUCCGGCGGCCCAGCAGUUGCUGCAGAAGUUCGUUUCGGACCUGCAGGAGCUGAAGCAGAGAGUGGAGCCCUUCACAGAGGACCUGAAGCAGAAGCUGCAGGGCCUGCAUGCCGGCCUGGCCCCGUACGCCGAAGAUCUCCUGGACAAAGCGGAGCAGCACACGGAGACCCUCCGGCAGACCCUGACCACCCGCACCGAGGAGCUGAGGCAGAGGCUGCAGCAAAACGUCAACGAGCUGGGGCCUUACGCCGACCAGCUGAAGGCCAGGGUUCUGCAGCACUUCCAGGAGCUGGAGCAAGGAGUGGAGCAGCUGCAAAGCAGCUUCAGCCAAGUCCGCGACAACCUCUACCCUUACGCCGAGCAACUGCCGCAGAAGCUCAUCCCUCUGGCCGAAGACCUCCAGAACCGCCUCAACAACUUCUGGACCUCUGCUCUGGAAAGCUUCCAGUGAGGAUCCAGGCUAGCAACCCAAGAAGGGGGAGGCCGGGUGGGAGGGAUGGAGGCUCCUCUCUGAGCACUGGGAACCCACCAGCUGGUGCCUCCCCCGUGAGGCUUAAAGGGGCCUAUGGGACCACACAGCACCCUGACUAUACACCGCCACCUUGUGCCUGUAACCAUCCCUUCUGUGGGACAAUAAAAGGACUCCCAGGAACAA